AAGCACUCGGCCACGGCGGCGCAUGCUCCGUCCGAGGGGGCGGGGCGCUACUCCGGCCGGAAGCGUUCUUUCCCAGGCGGCGUUUCCUUCCUGUGUAAGGCUGGUAAGGGCUCCUGCGGCCGCUGUUUCAACCCAGGCGGUUAACAAUCAAGAUGGUACAUGCUGAAACCUUUUCUCGUCCCUUGAGUCGGAAUGAAGUUGUUGGUUUAAUUUUCCGUUUGACAAUAUUUGGUGCAGUAACAUACUUUACAAUUAAAUGGAUGGUAGAUGCAAUUGAUCCAACCAGAAAGCAAAAAGUAGAAGCCCAGAAACAGGCAGAAAAAUUAAUGAAACAAAUUGGUGUGAAAAAUGUGAAGCUUUCAGAAUAUGAAAUGAGUAUUGCUGCUCAUCUAGUAGACCCUCUUAACAUGCAUGUUACUUGGAGUGAUAUAGCAGGUUUGGAUGACGUCAUUACAGAUCUGAAAGACACAGUCAUCUUACCUAUCAAAAAGAAGCAUUUGUUUGAAAAUUCCAGGCUUCUACAGCCUCCAAAAGGUGUGCUUCUCUAUGGGCCUCCAGGCUGUGGUAAAACGUUGAUUGCCAAGGCCACAGCCAAAGAAGCAGGCUGUCGAUUUAUUAACCUUCAGCCUUCAACACUGACGGAUAAGUGGUACGGGGAAUCUCAGAAACUGGCUGCUGCUGUUUUCUCCCUUGCCAUAAAGCUGCAGCCUUCCAUCAUCUUUAUAGAUGAAAUAGACUCCUUUCUACGAAACCGUUCCAGUUCUGACCAUGAAGCUACAGCCAUGAUGAAAGCUCAGUUUAUGAGUCUCUGGGAUGGAUUGGAUACUGAUCAUAGCUGCCAGGUCAUUGUGAUGGGAGCUACUAAUCGUCCUCAGGAUCUGGAUUCAGCUAUAAUGAGGAGAAUGCCCACGAGAUUCCAUAUCAACCAGCCUGCUCUGAAACAAAGAGAAGCAAUCCUGAAACUCAUCUUGAAAAAUGAAAAUGUGGAUAGGCAUGUGGACCUGCUAGAAGUUGCCCAGGAAACUGAUGGGUUUUCAGGCAGUGACCUAAAAGAAAUGUGUCGAGAUGCUGCCCUCCUCUGUGUCAGAGAAUAUGUUAAUUCUACAUCGGAAGAAAGCCAUGAUGAAGAUGAAAUUCGACCUGUACAACAACAGGACCUGCAUCGGGCAAUUGAAAAGAUGAAGAAGUCGAAGGAUGCAGCAUUUCAGAAUGUUUUAACACACGUUUGUUUAGAUUAAGAGUAAAGAAUUGUACAGCUCAACAUGAUCUAGUUUGGUGUGCCCUCUUAUCAUCAGUGGAAAUAACUGAAAAGGAGGAGUGUUCUUUCAACAGUGAGAGAGUUUUAUGUUCAUGACACUGGUUUUAUACUCUGAAUUCUAAGUUAUUGAGACAUAGUUGUUAUAUAAAUGGUAUUACUACUUGUGAAAAAUCAUGAGGAGGAACAAUUUAAUCAGCCUGACUGUGGGUGCUUGUGUUGACCUCUUUAGCCAUAUGUUGCAGCCUUAUAGUGUCUAAGCUGGUCUUAAGGUGACAAAUGAUUUAUUGAGUCAUUAGUGAGAAUUGGAGAUGUGCUUAAGUGCUGGUUUCUAGAUAUGUGAGAGUGUGUGUAUGUGUGUAUUAAAUGUAUAUAGUCACACAUUUUAUAUUGACAUUCUGUAGAUAGGUUUGAAUACAGAAACUUUUUUUUUUAAUCCCAACUACUGAAUCAAAAAGUACCAAAUAGCAUAUAGCAAAACUAAGAUUAAUGGUUGUGUCUAAAACGUACAAUGAUUCAGCCAUUUCUAGUUGUCACUUAUUUCAGGUGUUUUUUUUUUUUUUAAGUUGAGUGUUUAUCUGGAGUUGAAUAGUUGAAGUCAGUGACAUCAGAAACUUAGAUGUGGCUCAAUUAUGGUUGUUGGGAUAAUUAAAUAAACUUGCUUGUUCGGUGAUCAGCACUGAAUGGUUGUCAGGCAGUUGUGUGCUCGACACCUGUUUCACCUCUUGCUGCAAGCAUGCCGAGUAGAGACUUUUUUUUAUUGAUAUGUGUAAAGGUGGGCUGAAAGCCUCGCAAAAGAAUGACUUUGAAAAACCUCAGUGCCAUUCAGCCCCAUAUAUGUGACUUUUCCUUUCUUCGUUUAAUGUAACAGUUCUGUUGUAACCGUGGGUUUUCAAUAUUUUAAAAAUAUGUUCCUUAAUUAUGUCAAAUAUAAUUUGGUCAUCAAAAAUGAUAGUUUAAAACUAGCUGUUACUAAAUGUGCUAAAAAUACCCAUUUUGUAAUCCUGACUUUUUGUUUUCUUAGCAUAUUAUAAAUUAUGCCCUACUUAGUACGGAUACACACAUCAGAAUCCCCCUAUUGUAUCUGUAGUCUGAUGCUGUGUGCACAAAAGAUGACACGUUUUGUCCAAAAUGUCACUAACCAGAAUUCUGUUACAGGCACUUAAAACACAAGCACGAGGAAAAUGGCACGAAGCGAUCUUGAGGUGCCUUCUGACCUUUUGUUUUUAUUGUAUUUCUUUGAAAACUCUGUUGUUUAUUUAUGAGUUAUUAAUUAAUCUCUUUGAUAAUAAGUCUCUCACAAGAACCCAUUGGAUAGUUUGUUCAUCAUUUGUUCUUUGAAUGGUGGAUGGGGCAGAGGUUCAAGUUUUGAAAAAUUGUGAAGAUGAUUGAAAAAUUGAUGCAAAACACAAGAUACCAAAAAUAAAAUAUUUCAUCUCCAUUUUUAAUAACUAUUAUACUAUUAUUUUAUAAAUAUGCAAUAAAGAGGUCCCUCUUUAUUGA